UUGUUACACAUCUCUCAAACACUUUGUCCCCCAACUUCUACGUCAUUACUGACUUUCAGACAGUCAGGAGUCAGCACAGGAAGCGAGAUUCGGAGAGGCAGGAAGUCCCUCUUGCUUAAACUUCUGAACAUAACUCUCUGGGAGACGAUGGACAAGCUUCGUCGAGUACUAAACGGCCGAGAAGAAAACGAAGAGUUGGGUCUUACGGCGCAGGUCCUCGAUGCCACCUCGCUCAGCUACAGCACCAGGGUGAAAUGGUUCGCCAUAUGCUUCGCCGGAGGCAUCUUGUGCUCACUACUUGGUUCAGCACUACUGUUCAUUCCCGGCAAGGGCAUCAAACUCUUCGCCGUCUUCUACACAUUGGGAAAUGUUGCAGCGCUUUCCAGCACCUGUUUCCUAAUGGGACCACUAAAGCAACUGAAGCGCAUGUUUGAGCCAACAAGACUUAUAGCGACCGUCGUUAUGUUGCUUUGUCUCGUCUUAACACUCUGUGCAGCGUUUUGGUGGGAAAAAAACAUACUGGCCUUCGUUUUUUGUAUUCUUCAGUUUCUGGCGUUGACAUGGUACAGCAUCUCUUACAUUCCUUUUGCCAGGGAUGCUGUGAUGAAAUGCUUCACAACCUGUCUGAGCUAGGAUUCAGGAGUCCACAAACUCAUGUGAAGACUGGUCCUAAUAUGCAACUGCCAGAACAGUAACUCUGUAAAAUAUUGUUUUCUUUCCUUUUCCUUUUUUUACUUUAGCUCCUUACAUUAUACAUAAUGACAUCUU